AUGGCAUUGCUCGUAGACAAGCACCGGCCUCGCUCUCUUGAUGCUCUGAGCUACCAUGAGGACCUCUCAGCACGCCUGCGCUCUCUCGCACAAAGCGGUGACUUCCCGCAUCUCCUAGUAUACGGGCCCUCCGGAGCAGGCAAGAAAACCCGCAUCGUCGCGACGCUGAAAGAGCUGUACGGACCUGGUGUGGAGAAAAUCAAGAUCGACUCGCGCGUCUUCCAAACGACAUCGAACCGCAAGCUCGAAUUCAACAUCGUGGCCUCGAACUACCACCUGGAAAUCACACCGAGCGAUGUUGGCAACUAUGACCGGGUAGUGGUGCAAGACCUGCUGAAAGAGGUAGCGCAGACACAACAGGUUGACGUCGGCGCCAAGCAGCGCUUCAAGGUCGUCGUCAUCAAUGAGGCGGACCACUUGACGCGCGAUGCCCAGGCGGCACUGCGCAGGACAAUGGAGAAAUACAGCCCGAAUCUGAGGCUGAUCUUGUUGGCGGAGAGCACGAGUAACAUCAUCGCUCCGAUUCGGAGUCGUACGUUGCUGGUGCGCGUUGCAGCGCCGACGGAAGAGGACAUUUGCAAGGCAUUGAGGAGUGUAUGCAAAAAGGAGGGAUGGAAGGAGAUUGAGGGCUUGAACAAGAAGAUCGCUAGGGAUAGCAGGAGGAACUUGAGGAGGGCAUUGUUGAUGUUCGAGGCGGUACAUGCACAAAACGAGAACGUCACCGAGAACACCCCUAUACCACCUCCCGACUGGGAGGCGCUGAUUGCGCAGAUCGCAAAGGAGAUCGUGGAGGAGAGAUCACCCGCACGCAUCAUGCAGGUGCGCGCAAAGCUCUACGAUCUGCUCACGCACUGUAUUCCGCCUACGACUAUCCUCAAGACCCUCACGUUCAAGCUGAUACCGCUAUCUGAUGAUGAACUGAAGGCAGACGUUAUCAAGUGGAGCGCCUUCUAUGAGCACAGGAUAAAGAUGGGAAGCAAGGUGAUUUUCCACCUUGAAGCCUUUGUAGCGAAGUACAUGCGCCUCUACGAAAGCCAUCUCAUGGGCAUCGAUUUCUAA